CGUCAAUUUUGACAAUUCUUGGAUUGCCCAGCUCUGCAUUCUUUUUCCUCGGAGCCAUUCAUCAAUAGCAAGGCUGAUUAUACCUGUCGCAGCCUCGCGCUAAUAAUACGCUAACGCACGCGAUUGGCUGAAGCCUUGACUUGGGCUGGUGUGGUCAUUUCUUCUCAUUUCAACAACAGCAUCAAAACCGUGAUCGAUUCAAAUGGCAGACUCGAGCAAACGGAAAGAGAGGUCUGGUGGUGAUAAAGAUGAGAGGGGUUCGAAGAGAAGUAAGGGAGGAUCAGGUGGAAAAUGGCAAACGCCACAUCAGAAAGCGAAGAUUGCGUCUCGAGGAAGUGGGAAGAUUGAGCCAGGCGAUGUUGGUAUCUGGGCAACUUGUGCCAAGAACAUGGAAGGACGAGCCACCGAAGAGCUAAGGGUCAUGUUUGAAGAGGUGAGCAAUCAAUUUCAAUCCGAAAGGCUAUAUACUGACGACCGCAAGUGUGCUGAGCGAUUUUAUGGCAUCAAGCCGGGCUCAGGUGAAGACGCAAAUGAUGAAGAUGAUAUCGAGGCUUCGAUUCAGAAAGAACUCGCUGCGCUGGACAACAAGUCAAGCACAACCAAGCUCUUCUCUCCGGUUCAUCUCGAUAUCCCUUGUGUGCUAUUCUUCAAAACUGGUCCAGCAAUUGAACCUGUUGACUUUGUUCAUAGAAUAUGCAAGGAGGUAGUGGAGAAGCCUGGUGUGAGGAGGAUGAAGUAUGUCAAUCGACUAACGCCGAUGACAUUGAUUGCGAAGGCUACAGAGCGAGGACUUCAGGAAGUGGCAAGUACGGUACUGCAGAAGCACUUCCACAUGGCUGUGAAUGCUGUGGAAGAAACGAUUUCGGGGGAGGAGAAAGUCAUUGAAAACUUUCCGAAUUACUCAUAUGCCAUCCGGCCAACAACAAGGGCUCAUACGGCUCCUCUCAGACGAGAUCUGGUGAUCAAGUCAAUCGCCAACUCAAUAUCCAAUGUGCACAAGGUGGACCUGACUACUCCAGACAAGGUCAUCCUCGUGGAGAUCUUCCAGUCGGUGUGUGGAAUGAGCGUUGUUGGCAGCGAUUGGGAGCCAUUGAAGCGUUUCAAUCUCGCGGAGCUCUAUCAGAAAGACAAAGCACUAAAAUCAGCAGCUGCUGUAAAGUCGGCGGAAGCUAAACUACAAACUGCUACAAAAGACGAAGCUGACGUGGAGCCUGCUGCUGUUGCCACUGCCAGCAGCAAGUUGGAGCAAUAGAGUUUGAGGUUGAGCAUGUGGCUCCAGAUGUAUUUUUGCUCGUGGCCAAGAAUCUUUGACGUUGGAAAUGGAAAUUUGCCAUGCUAAGUGCAGUUGAAGCUGCGAAAACUUCUUAUUUUUGCCAUUUACAACACAGCGAAUACAUCAAAUCUGCAUGACACAGGCACUUUGCAGUUUAUGCACCAGCUGCAAGAGACUAUCGUACUCCUGCAGUGAAGUGCAUCAGUAGACGAGAUUUUGCAUACCGCCCUGUUUAGUGUUAUGCAGCUUCGCCAGUGCUCACUGGACAGACUUGAAGAUGUCCGUGAAAUCGACAUUGUAACACGUCAACACUAUCUGCAGAGCUCUUCGACCUUCCUCUCCUUACCAAGAUCUGAUGGCAGAUCUAUUUUGCUCCUGAUGUUGCCCAGUCUCUUUGAGACUCUGGAGACAUCAUGCUCGCAGUUCAUGCCAUUUCAAGAUACCAAAUUAAGGGAUUCAUACUGUUUGAUCUAUCAUAUUAACGGCCCGAGCCAGAAAGAGGAGCAAGCUGGAUACUCCACAACUCAAAAGUCUCUGCAUUCUUUCUCAAGGAGUCCUCCUCUCUCAAGAUCCCAAGUUAUCCCCAUUCCAUUGCCAAGCAACAGCCCCACCUUAGUUUCCCUCCCUGCUAGUUCCCAUGACCCCUGCUAGCACGGAAACGCCAGACUCUCGCUAGAAGACUUCCAAUCGGGAAGAUCCUCUGAUCAAUCUAACCGGAUGCGAGCAAAAUUAACGAACGUACAGAUUGGAACUGUCACCAACAGUCACACCGGGGAAGGGAAAUGCAAAUGUGGGCAUGAGAGGCAAAUUUUUCAGCUUCUGAUUUCGCAAGCUGAAUUUUUGACUUAUGGUUGAUCUGAUUGGCUCACAGUGUCUACGUUACCAGAAAAUCGAAAGGCGUGGCUUUCUUACUUGAACGAGGCAUGUGGGGUGACAAUGAAUUUUCCAGGGAUUGAGCGAUGGCCCCGCGCUCGCUCACAUGGCAGAUCAAGGGUGCUCAUAUUUCAAGACUCACGCACCAGGGAUCGCAAUCCAUCCUUGUUGCCGCACCCGCACGGCAUGAGAAUAGAAUCAAAGUCCUUGGUCGGAGGGUUGUUUGACGUUGAAAGGCUGCUUUCCGAAAAAGAACAAGCAGGAAGUAUAGAUGAACUCCUGAAUGGAAGUGUCCGUAACAGCAAGGAUUUAACAUCCUGCUUAGAAUAGGCCUU